AUGGCUGAUAUCACGCUAGACGGCGUUUUGGAUCUUGAAGAGAAGUAUUACGAGGAGGGUUACACUGAAGGUCAGGAUCAGUCGGUGAAAGACAAUCAUCUAGAGGGUAAAGCCUAUGGUCUACAAACGGGUUUCCAGAGGUUCUUGGUGGUAGGAUACAUUCAAGGACUCAUUGAGAUCUGGAGCAAGGAUGACUCGAAAGCGGUUCAAAACCAUCUCAAACAGCUUAAGGAGCUUGUGAGUGAUAUCCCUACUACCAACGGUGACAAGGAGGUGGAAUUGUACGAGCAAGCCAUCGUUAAAGCUCGAAAUAAGGUGAGGGUUCUUGGAACGAUAACUAAGACAUCUGAAAAGGUAACCAAGCUUGAUAGUCUACUAAAAGAAGUCGGUGGCCAGCUACAGGUAUCUGAAAAUGUUGAUGAUAUGUGGUGA